AUGAAAGCACCUAUCCUUAGCUUCCGGUCACAAUGGGCGUCCAGACUUGUGAAAAAGAACCUUCUCGAAGACCUCCCUAGACUUUUAGAAAAAGUCAAACAGGAGCACGGCCAUCACGCUGGUUUAGCUUUCAUUUCUGAGGCAACAGACUUUCUUCUUCGGCCAUCGGUUUCACAGAGUAUCCUCGAUACGGCUUUUGCAAAAUCAAACAAACCUCUUCUCAAACAUAGGAUAUGUAUCGUCGGUGCCGGCGUUACUGGCUUGUUCAUUGCCAUGCUUUUGGAUAGCCUCAACAUACCUGGGUUGGAAUACGAUAUUUUGGAAGCCUCAGAUAAGACUGGAGGGCGCAUCCGCACCCAUUACUUCUCGGAUGAGCCACACGAUUACUACGAUAUUGGCGCUAUGCGAUUUCCCGAUAUUGUAGCGAUGCGCACUACCUUUCAGCUAUUUGAACAGCUGGAUAUUCCGUUGCUCAGACAUUAUCAUGAUCACAAGGACCCGGAUUCAGCUGUGAAAGGCUCCAUAAAUUGUCCCACCAUGUACAACGGCAUCACAAUUAUCGAUGGCCAACAGCCUGGUCGAGACCCCUUCCGUGUCGGACGAGCAAAUGGUGGGUCGGUGCCUGACCAUCUCGUAGACAGAGUCAAUCAAUUGCUAAGCAACGCUUUCGAACCGUUCAAAAGAAUAAUCACUCAGGAUUUCGAAGCGGGUUUCAAGCUACUUAUGAGAUAUGACAGCUGGAGCACACGGGAGUUCCUAAGAAACCCGCCACCGCCAGAGGAUGGCUGGGAGCCUUGGGAGCCCCUGGAUUUCUUCACUGGUCAAUGGCUUGAAACGAAUACAACAUCCACUAGUAUCUUUGACCAGGCAUUUUCCGAGUCUGUUAUGGACUCGUUGGAUUUCAGCACUACUGAAAAGAGUGAGGAUACGAAAUGGUAUUGCAUUGAUGGUGGUAGUUCACUUCUAUCCCAAGCCAUGGAAAAGUCCAUUACACAGCCUGUGCAGCAUGGAAUGCGCGUGGAGGGGUUUUCCCAGAACGAAGAGACAAACGAAAUCACCGUAUGUGUUGCUGGUGAGCCCGAAGGGACUCGACUACCAUACAGCACCGUCUUCAACACAACGAGUCUGGCGUGUUUGCAACGAAUGGAUUUGACUCGCCUUCAACUUCACCCCACUCAGAGAGACGCAAUUCGAACUCUCCAUUACGAUGAUAGCACAAAGGUGGCCAUGAAAUUCUCCUACCCCUGGUGGAGAACCAGAUGCGGUAUUACGGCCGGGGGUUUCGCCUGUACGGAUGCACCACUUCGCACUUGCGUGUACCCUUCUUACAAUCUCCAGGACCCGACGGAUCAGCCAGCAGUACUGUUAUGCAGCUACACUUGGGCUCAGGAUGCGACACGGAUUGGUAGUUUGAUCCAACGCAAGACUGGGGGAAUCGAAGGGGUCGCCACUGAUGACGAGCUCCGUGACUUGAUGUUGGACAAUCUCGCACGACUGCAUCUUGCAAACUUUCAGCAACAAGCUUCACAUUCCGCUACUCUGCCGACUCUGGAGUACGUCCUUGAGCUCAUUAGUCAAGCAUACAUAUCGCAUCAUGCAUUCAACUGGUCACAGGACCCGUUCACUUCAGGCGCGUUUGCGCUGUUUGGUCCUGGUCAGUUUUCGAACUUGUAUCCCUACCUCUCGCGCCCGGCGGCGGACAGUCGCUUCCAUAUAUGCGGAGAAGCGAGCAGUGCCCAUCAUGCUUGGGUUUCUGGUAGCCUUGACAACGCUCUUGCUAGCAUGCACAGAUUUCUAAUUAGGUUUGGCAUGUGGGAGAAGCGACAGGAGUUGAAGGCUAAAUGGGAUACGCCUGGGGAGAUUGAAGAUGGUGUUGGCGGCACUCUGCAGCUACAAGUUGCGCUGGGUAUGGUUUUAGGGAACUUUCAAUGUGAAAUGACGUAG